CGACAACGCGGCGACUUGCGUAUCCACCUCGAUACAGCCCAGAUAAUACUCCAGAAUGGCUGAAGAGCAGAAAGACGUCUUGGACGGGCUGGAGGAACGCCUCCAGAGCCACAGCAAAGCUUUCGAAUCGCUGCUCGCACUGACACCUGCCCGCGACUACUAUGGAGCACAGAUUGAAGACGGAUUGGACCCCGACAAACAAUGGAACCGGAAGAAGCAAACGAAAGAGGAAAAGCGGGCUGCAAAGAAGGCGAAACUGGAUCCUGCUAACCAAAAGACUGCUUUGGACGUCAUGAAGGAACGCGAAAAGAAGAGGAAGCGCGAGCUGGGAAUGGAAGACGCGGAGAGUGAGGCGGAGAAAGAAGUCGAGUCGCAAACCAACAGCAAGCGCCAGAAAAAGGACGAGUUGGAUCCUGAAGUAAGGCGGAAGCAGAUUGCCGAGAAGCGCAAGGCGAAGCGACAAGAAAAGAAGGCAAAGCUUGAUGCGAAAGUCCUGAAAGCGAAAGCAAAGAGAGAGGCCAAGCUGAAGCAACAGUCGGAAGAAGCGCAGGCCGUGAACAGCCAGGCAAAUGGUGGCGCUGAGGACGAUGAACUCGACGACAAUGACGACGACGACGACAACGACGAUAGCGAAGAUGACGCGGUGGAGAUCAGUACCGCAGACCUGGCUGAUGUCGACUUUUCUGGACUCGCCGGCUCCGACGCUGGAGACGAGGGGCACGACGAUAUUGAAGCAAUCCAUGAACAUGAAAACGAAGAGGCAUCUUCAGCACCGACAAGUCCGAACGUCGACAGUCCGGCUUUUGACGUUGCAACUAACGUUUCUGAAGCCUCCUCGUCCUCCUCUAUAGAUCCGCCACCCGCCGUGGACGACACCAAAAAGCCCACACCAAAGCAAAAAUCCUCGACAAAUAAUGUCAAGCCUGUGGCCAAGGUGAAUCCUGCGCAUGAGCCCAAGAUGAAAGCGCCCACACAAAUUGCACUUCCCAAAUUCGAUCCAUCCACAACAAACGCUGAGAUGCCGUCUGGCACAUCAUCGCCCAAAAUCCAAAUCCCAAACGUGGACCAGGCUGAGCUGCAGGAGCGGCUACGAAAGCGCAUCGAAGAGCUGAGAGCGAAGCGAAAGGCUGACGGUAUCGACGGCAAGCCUGCCACAUCCCGACAGGAGCUUCUUGACCAGCGAAGGCAGAAGGAAGAGCGCCGUAAAGCACACAAGAAAGAGCUACGUCAGAAAGCCAAGGAGGAAGAAGCACGAAAGCGCGAAGAACAGCUGCGUGGCUCUGGAAGUCCCGCGGCGGAUAUAUUCAGUGGGCGGAACAGUCCCAGACCUCGCUCGCCUGCUGAGAACAGCUUCGCUUUCUCCAGACUGGCGUUCGAGGACGGCACAUCCGCAGAUGCUGGUCUUAGCACAUUGAAGGAUGCUGUGAAGAAGAAGGGACCCCAAGACCCGAAGACUGCUCUCCUAGCCGCACAAAAGAAGGAAGCCAGACUGGCCGGGCUUGAUCCAGCCAAGAAAGCGGACAUCGCAGAGAAGGACAUGUGGUUGAAUGCCAAGAAGCGAGCACAUGGCGAAAGGAUACGAGACGACACGAGCUUACUCAAGAAAGCCCUGAAGCGUAAAGAAAAGGCCAAGGGGAAAUCUGAAUCCGAGUGGACUGAGCGCAAAGAGGCUGUGGUGAAGGGCAAGGAGCUCAAGCAAAAGAAACGCGAAACAAAUCUCGCCAAAAGGAGAGAAGAGAAGGGCUCCAAAGGUGGUGGUAAGAAAAAGGGCGGUAAGCCCGGUGGAGGCAAGAAAAAGCCCCGAGCGGGGUUUGAAGGCAGAUUCAAGGCGUAGUAGGUAGGAUGACUGCUAUUCUUUGUGAUAUGGAGUGGCGCGCGAUUGUAUAGGUAGACAUACAUUUAUGACAGACAAACAGGAGUGUGGAGAGCAACUUCAUGAGAUGGAAUGCUUGGGUACCUAGGGUAAGGUAAGGUCAGGUAUCUAUCCUU